AUGUCGCACCUAAAGUACUAUUCCUACAAAGGAUUUGGACAGAUGAUGACGGAAAGGCUCCGCUACAGCCAGGCAGUACGAAUCGGAGACCGCAUUGAAAUUGCUGGACAAGGCGGAGUCGAUCCGGAGACUUACGAAUUCCUCACGGGCGUCGCAGAACAGAUCGACCAGACGUUUGCAAAUGUCGACUUGACACUCAAGGACGCCGGCGGAAAAGGUUGGGCGCAGGUGUAUCGGGUGAAUUCGUACCACGUCCCACUGAACGAGGAAGCGCUGGCGGCGAUGGUGCGCAAUUUUGAGAAGUGGAUGCCGGAUCAUCGGCCCAUCUGGUCUGCGUAUGGCGUGGCUGGAUUGGGCGUGCCCGAAGGGGUGGUUGAGAUCGAGGUGUCGGCACAUGAUCCUGAGGGUGCUGAAGCUGCGAGCAAGGCAGCUUCGUAA